AUGGUACGAAGCCAGCAUAUUAACAACCCAUCAUGCUAUCGUGCUUCGCAUUUCCUGAUCGGGAACCAGCUCGGGACUCUGGAACGCCACGUGGUGACCCAGCAAAACCAGGCAUCAUGCGGAGGACCAGCCGUAGACCUGGAGUACAGAUGGUGGGGCCCCUCGGGGUUGCAUGUGAAGAGAACUGGAGAAACGACGGAGAAUCUCACGUUGGCACUGAAGGACCCAAAGCCCAUCGGUAGAAAUCGUGCCAUGAGUACCUCGAGCCUUCAGUCGUUUCUCGACAAGCCGCGCGUUUUCGUGCUGUCCGACAUUUCCAAUGAACCUGACGAUGCAGAGUCGCUCGUGCGGUUCCUUCUCUACUCCAAUCAAUUUGACACUGAGGGCAUCGUUGCUGUGACGUCAACAUGGAUGAAGACGAAGGUCUGCCCUCAAGACAUGCACAAAAUCAUCGACGGUUACGCCGGCGUAGUCGACAACCUGAAUAAUCAUACACAUCCCGACCACCCAUACCCGACCGCAGAAACACUACGCAGCUUGGUCAAAUCAGGCCCUCCAGUAUACGGCUUUGAGGGUGUCGGGACAGACAAACCACUCACGGACGGCCACCGACUGCUUCUCGACAGGAUUGAAGCCUCCUCCGACAGACCACUAUGGGUGCUUGUAUGGGGUGGUACCAACGUCCUCGCACAGGUGCUCCUGACGAUCAAGGAGAAAUACCCCGCCGACAAGGCGGCAUCAUUACGAGCCAAGCUGAGGGUCUACACAAUCUCGGACCAGGAUGACACCUCGGCGUGGAUUCGCGCCGAGUUUCCCGACAUCUUCUACAUCUCUUCCGUCCAUGCGUGGAACCAAUAUGGCCUCGCAGCAUGGACAGGCAUCGCGGGCGACAGAUAUUAUGGUUUUGACCAGGGCGGGCCCGAUUUCUCGAAGAUGACAAAAUCUUGGAUCAAGAAGAAUAUCCAGGUUGGGCCCCUCGGCUCGACGUACCCGGACUACAUCUUCAUCCCCGAGGGCGACACGCCGACCUUCCUGUAUCUCAUCCAAAACGGACUGGGCGUCAGAGAACACCCCGAGUACGGCUCCUGGGGCGGUCGCUACGCCCUGACAGAUCUCAGCGGCAGGGGCCUGUCCGGCAGACACUACAGCGACACGACGGACGCAGUGGUGGGAGCCGACGGCAAGACGUACACCUCAAACCAGGCGACGAUCUGGCGGUGGAGGGACACGUUCCAAAAUGAUUUCGCCUCGCGGAUCCAGUGGUCUUUGCAUCCUGACUUCAAGGCCGCCAACCACCACCCCGUUCUCUGCGUCAAUGACUCGUGGGGCCAUGAAGCUCUAGAGCUCGAGAUUGAGGCUGGCGAGGACAUCGUGUUCGACGCGAGUAGCUCUUAUGACCCAGACGGCGACAGCUUGUCGUUCAAAUGGUGGCAGUACAAGGAGCCGACUGCCACGCAAUGGCUGGUGCGUUUCGAGGUCUCGAAUCUCGAGAUCGAGAACCUGGACCCCGAUGCGAGACGCGUCAAGAGGAUCAUGAUUCAAACAAUGAACAAAGACUUGCGAGGGGCUGCGGAGGCCGGGUCAGCCCCGGAUAACAUUGCCGAGGUGAUGAAAGCCUUCGGCGCCGACGACUGGAAUGCCAAUUGA